UUCUCGGAAUGGCCAGUUCGUCCAAACGCGACGUUGGCUUAACAUUGUUUUGGUAUUCUUCAUCUCCAACAUUUCCCGCGGCAAUCAAGCGCCGGCUUGACCAACAAAAAUGCCGAGGAAGCAGCAAAAGAACGGCUUCUGGUAUUUCAUGGUUGACUUCAAAAAAGCUGAGGAAAAUCGUGGAAGAUCCUUCCCCGAAGGCCUGCGGGACGUACAGAGUGAUCCGGAGUGCUCGAGACGUUGGAAGAAUUUAUCGGUGUCCGAAAGGCAGCGUUACAAUGACCUGGCCAAGAAGGAUAAGCGCGGAGCGAAGCUCACUUCUUGGGGAGAGCCUAUUACCCUGGUCCAGGAUAGACUCCGGCGACGCGAGGAGAGGGAGGAGAACAUGAAAUCGGACAUCGCUGAGACCAUUAGAUUAGCCAACGAGUGCGGCAACAUCCCCGAUCUCACCGUCUACCUCAUCCAUGUGAAUUAUUUCUAUUCAAAGGAUAAACCUGACUCGUCGGUAGAUUACAUUCCCGCUGAACUGGGACUGAUUGAAUUCUCUCUUGCUGAGGGAGUCAAGUCCUUCCUCCACCUGAUCAUCAACGUGACGGUUGAGAUUGGAUACGCAAGGGAGACGAUGGAGCACGGGGAGAGCACCCACAAGAUCCCGACGGACUACGCCAGGGGGGAAGGCGAUUAUUUGAAGAUCUAUGAGAAAUUUAGAGAGUUUUUUAAACCUAUGGAGGAACAGACAGGGAAGAUUCCCCCCAUUUAUACGACAGAGAAGCAUGCACCUGUUGUCACUAGCUUCUUGGAUCGAAUAACGAGAGCUGCAGGACUUCCUGACGACACUUUUUCCCUGUACUCCCUCGAGUGCCUUUUCGGGAGGCUCAUGUUCCUUUGCAACCCAAAAAUGGUUCGCAGUUGCGAUGCGACACUGUUGGCAGAAUACGAGCUAAAGAAGGAGGCGUUCGCCUACACCCCAAAUAUUGAGUGCGAAUAUCAUCACAUGAUUGAGGGAACUUGCAUCCACUGUUCUCUGGCCAUUGUUCGCCAAUGGGGUUUUACCAUUUGUGACUAUUGCUGCUCUUUCUUCGGUGUUAAAAGGAUUCCGAAUGUUCACUGCCCAGCAGUUUUUAUGACGGAUGACCUGGACGCACUGGCGUCAAAAGUAGCAUGUCUCAACAUUCACAAGAAACACAUUCCAGGGACAGUCAAAAGCAUGACAGGCGUCACUGAGGAGUACAGACUGAAAAAGGCUGGACGUACAGCCCAAGAGGAGGCGAGAAGACGGAAAGAGUCUCUCCUAAAUCCUCUUGUGAUUAUUGAUCAUGGUUUGACUCAGCAGAAAGCAACACCGCCAGUUAAAGAGAAUUGCGAAAAAUAUUUAAAACCGCUCAGAGCACCAAAAUCAUUGAACCUCAUUGUUGAAGGAAAAGUUGAUAAGGUGCCAGCUCUGGAUAACGUCAACUUCCCGUUAAUGGGGGCUCCAGGGCAUAGAUCAGGCAAAGGUGCUGGUAAACAAGCGAAGGGUGCGGGUCGCGGCGGAAUCCCUUCUUAGUAGGACUUUCGAAGCUAUUGACCAUAAUUUGUUGUGGAUUUGACGAUUUCCAGAAAUUUUUCGUUUAAUGAUUUUUACAGAUGAUGUCUUGAGUGAAAAAAGUGUCCGAUUUAUAUUUAAUUACACAUUAGAAAUCAACAACGAAGUAUUGUGUCCAACUUGUUACCGCAACAAGAAAACAAUAAAACCAUUUAUCUUUAUAAGAACAAAA